GCGAUACAAGUGACGUGGCUCUGUUGUUCAUUAUCAUGACGACAUAUGAUGAGUUUAUUCAACAAAACGAAGAUCGCGAUGGAGUACGAUUCACAUGGAAUGUAUGGCCCUCAUCACGUAUCGAUGCCACUAGACUUGUUGUUCCAUUGGGUACUUUGUACCAACCAAUUAAAGAACGACCAGAUCUUCCACCAAUUCAAUACGAUCCAGUUCUAUGUACAAGAUCUACUUGCAGAGCUAUUUUAAAUCCAUUAUGUCAGGUGGAUUAUCGUGCAAAACUAUGGGUCUGCAAUUUUUGCUUUCAAAGAAAUCCUUUUCCACCACAGUAUGCUGCAAUUUCGGAACAACAUCAACCUGCAGAACUUAUCCCAAUGUUUUCAACAAUUGAGUAUACAAUAAUGCGUGCCCAAUGUUUACCACCUAUAUUUCUACUUGUUGUGGAUACUUGCCUGGAUGACGAAGAAUUAGGAGCACUUAAAGAUUCAUUACAAAUGUCAUUAUCUCUACUUCCAUCUAAUGCCCUCAUUGGUCUUAUUACAUUUGGUAAAAUGGUUCAAGUUCAUGAAUUGGGAUGUGACGGUUGCAGUAAAAGUUAUGUAUUUCGCGGCACAAAGGAUCUCCAACCAAAACAAGUUCAAGACAUGUUAGGUAUUGGUAGACCAAUUCCAGGACAAAAUCCAAAUCAACCAAGAGGAACUGGUGUACAACCAUUACCACCUGCUAAUCGUUUCUUACAACCGGUACAUAAAUGUGAUAUGAGUUUAACAGAUCUUUUGGGAGAGUUACAACGUGAUCCUUGGCCCGUUGGACCAGGAAAACGUUCAUUACGAUCUACAGGCGUGGCAUUGGCAGUUGCCGCAGGUCUUUUAGAAGCUAGUUAUGCAAAUACUGGUGCCAGGAUUAUGUUAUUUGUUGGUGGACCAUGUUCUCAAGGACCUGGCCAAGUAGUAACUGAUGAUUUGCGACAACCGAUCAGAUCACAUCAUGAUAUUCAAAAAGAUAACGCUAAGCAUAUGAAAAAGGCAACCAAGCAUUAUGAUGCACUUGCAUCACGUGCUGCAGCUAAUGGUCAUAUAAUAGAUAUUUAUUCUUGUGCCCUUGAUCAAACUGGUUUAUUAGAAAUGCGUCAAUGUUGUAAUUCUACUGGUGGUCACAUGGUAAUGGGAGAUUCAUUUAAUUCUUCUUUAUUUAAACAAACUUUUCAACGAGUAUUUGCUAAAGACGCUAAAGGUGACCUGAAAAUGGCAUUCAAUGCCACUUUAGAAGUAAAAACAUCUCGGGAAAUUAAAGUUUCUGGAGCAAUUGGGCCUUGUGUAUCAUUAGGAGUGAAAGGAUCUAGUGUUGGAGAGCAAGAAGUUGGUUUAGGUGGUACUUGUCAAUGGAAAUUUUGUUCGUUAACACCAUCUUCAACAACAGCAUUAUUCUUUGAAGUUGUAAAUCAGCAUACAGCUCCGAUUCCGCAAGGUGGAAGAGGCUGUAUGCAAUUUAUUACUCAAUAUCAACAUAGUAGUGGACAAAGAAGAAUUAGAGUUACUACUGUUGCAAGAAAUUGGGCAGAUGCAUCAUCAUCAUUGCAUCAUAUAAGUGCUGGAUUUGAUCAAGAAGCAGCAGCUGUUCUUAUGUCACGUUUGGCGGUAUUCAGAGCAGAAAGUGAUGAUGGUUUAGAUGUUUUAAGAUGGGUCGAUCGAAUGCUGAUUAGACUUUGUCAAAAAUUUGGAGAAUAUGCAAAAGAUGAUCCAAAUAGCUUUAGAUUAGCACAAAAUUUUUCCAUGUACCCACAAUUUAUGUAUCAUUUGCGCAGAUCUCAAUUUUUACAAGUAUUCAAUAAUUCACCAGAUGAAACCAGCUUUUAUAGGCAUAUGCUUAUGCGUGAAAAUGUAGCAGAUUCUUUGGUUAUGAUCCAACCAGUUUUAUAUAGUUAUGGAUUUAAUGGUGCUCCAGAACCUGUAUUGUUAGAUACUUCGUCUAUUCAACCUGAUAGAAUUCUGUUGAUGGAUACAUUUUUCCAGAUACUUAUAUUUCACGGAGAGACUAUUGCACAGUGGCGACAGUUGAAGUAUCAAGACUUACCAGAAUACGAAAAUUUUCGACAAUUACUAGCUGCACCUGUUGAUGACGCUGCUGAUACAUUAGCUGUUAGAUUUCCUGCGCCACGAUAUAUUGAUACAGAACAAGGUGGUUCUCAAGCUAGAUUUUUAUUAAGUAAAGUCAACCCAAGUCAGACACACAAUAAUAUGUAUGCUUAUGGUGCGGAGAGUGGUGCCCCUGUUCUGACAGACGACGUCAGUUUACAAGUAUUUAUGGAACAUUUGAAGAAAUUAGCUGUAUCGUCUACAGCAUAACUAAUACAUAUAUUAAUUAAUUAAUAUUAAUAUUAUAAGAAAUAUAUGAGAUA